AUGGUGACCGGCUGGGACAAACGUAUGGUCAAGAAUGAGGCCGAGAACCUCGCGAAGAUCUUCUGGAAAGCACACGAAGACUUCGAUUUUGUCGGACCAACAGGCUCUUUCAGCGAAUGCAUAGAUGCAGCUGUAGCAUCAAACAAACAUCCCUUCUUCAUCAGCGACUCGGGAGACAACCCCACUGCCGGUGGAAGUGGCGACAUGACCUGGGGCUUGAUUCACGUACUGGAUCGUCCCGAGUUCAAACAGCCUGCCGGCCCAACAGUGAUCUAUGCCAGCGUUCCAGGUGCCAAAGCAGUGAAGUCGUGCAUCGAAGCAGGGAUUGGUGCUACUGUGACGGUCACCGCCGGUGCCGACGUUGACAACGUCCACUCUGGUCCGAUCACCGUCACAGGCCGGGUACAUGCCAUCAAACACGGUGACAGAGAUGCUGGGAUUGAGGUUGUACUGCAGGUCGGCAGCGUCUUUGCCAUCCUCACCCAGAUGCGAAAACCGUAUCAUCACGAGCACGAUUUCACUGAUCUUAAUCUGAAACCUCGCGAGGCGGACAUUGUAAUUGUCCAAGAUUGGUUACCUAGAGCCGGGACUGCAUGA